AUGGUCUUGAUCAAAAACCUCCUCGUCUUGGCUCUCCCAAUCUCUGCUACGACCACCGGAUGCUUCAAAGGCGGUGAGUUCGGUUCUUACGGCAAAUGGCUUAAGGAGAUCGACGACGUCAUCAAGCAAGAGCGGCUAGAGGUUGCUUGCGCUAUGCUGGCAGGAGAUGGGAAGAGGAAGUUCAAGGGACACGAAGAACGGCUUUUCUGCAUGCAGGAGAAAGACGGACUCAAAUGGGACUUCAGCCUUAAGUACAUCAGAUCAGGCGAGCGAAGCAUCGACAAAAAUGAGUGCAUGAGUGGCAUGAAGAAACAGAUAUACUGCAAAUACGGUGGCAGGACUGAUUACUACAACUGGCAGUAUAAGGCGGAUCCCAAUAGAGGCUCAUGUGUGGGCUAG